UUAUACUAUUGUGGAUGACAAUGAUAAUCCUUUAGCAGAACAUGACAAAACUAGUCUUCACAUUAAAGUUCAAGUUGGUGAUAUAGUAGAAUUGAAUGAGAUCAGUAAUCCUAACAAUAUCUCAUUUGCAUUAGUCAAAGUGAUUAUUACACAUCGUGCUAAUAAUGGCAAA